AUGGAAUCUUCUACCACACUCGUUCCCGACAAUGACUGGCCUUCGCAAAGUCCUUUCUUUAGCAAACUUGGCAGUUACUUCGAUCGACCUGAAUGGUGGGAAGAAGGCGCUGAGACUCUCAAAGCCUUCUUUGAUGACGACACGCCAUCUGUAGAUACUACUGAUCAGCGAUUGGAAGAUCUCUUGGAUCUUCUCGAACCUCCGAAGGUAGGCGAAAAGCCCUAUAAUUCGAGCAUUGUCGAAGUCAUGAGCAGGUACUCGGUAGAUGACACCGCAGGUCCUUCUACUUUUCAACAAGAGCAAAUCUUGGGCUCGAGAUAUGACGACGAUCAGUUCAUUGAGCCGAGAAACAGCCCUCAACUGCAUACGAAUAUCGAGAACCCCAGCAACGAUUUGUUGUCAACCCCCAAAGCAGUCAAUAUCGAUCUGGAACACGGAAACAAAGUCGCCCCUGCCGCAAAUGCCUCUACAGAUUCUUUGUCUGUGUUAGAGCACGAUAUUUCAGUGAAACCACUUCUUGCCCUUGAGACCGUCACCAGCAGCAACGACAUCAACACAUCUUCUCCUGUGUUUACUAGCACAACGACGAGUACCAGACAAACAAGUCUCCAGCCCGAAACGAGUACUCGCGCGUCUUCUGCAGUCCCAGAUCCAGCAACCACCUUCGAUCUGUCCCCCGAAGAUGGCACGAUCGCGCCUUCCCGANUUGAAGUACCCAUGCUUGGCUCUUCCUUACGCACGGCGACAGCUCAUCAUGCAGACAAACCCGCACCUCUGAGAACCGAACGAGAGAUUCAUGCCACAGAAAAACUUGCGGCAGUAUCAGAGAACGACCCCACGGGCCUCCAAACUGUCAAAGACGAAUGCUCCGACGAACAUGGACUUCCUAAAGCCAUUGACUCAAGUAUACUCUCGCAAGAAGAUGAUACAACUGUGGUGCAUGAUCCCUCUUCCGCCACCGUCUCCUUCUUUCCGCCAAACCCAUACUCCAAUGAGCCCGCCGACUACUCCUCACAAGCAGCACAUCAUCUGUCUUCAGCAUUCGAUGGACAGCCUGACGUCGACCAUCAUCAGGACACUGAAGACCUAUCCGCCGAUUCAAGUCUGACUUCUUUGGCUUCCAGCGAUGAACAGCUGAAUCAAAGUAAUCUCCUCGAUCAACUCACCAACUACGAAAGAUACUGUGCCGAAACGCCGUCUCCGCCACCUACAUCCCCGUUGAGUCCACUACCAAACGUUCUCAACACCAGAUAUGUCGAUCAAGAUAUCCUGGGUGGGGCUGAUCCAGAAGAUGGUGAUACUUCAUCGUUAUCAAUUGCAUCGACACGGAGUAAGCCCGUCACCAAGCUUGGCAAGGUUACACCCAUGAAAAAUGAUGGUGACAGCGGACUGAUAGAUACUGAAGGCUUGGGGACUAUCAACGAAGCCGUUGAUGAGCUGGCUGAAGACACUGACGCUGAUGGCGCAGAAGUGUUGACAAAUGCCCCAGCUAUUGACAAAAGAAAGCGGAAGCAACGACGUCCUCAUACAGAUGAGCCAGCCCACAAAAGACGUCUUUCUUCGGUCGUAGAAGACGAGAAACAAUCAGAAACUGACGCCGAGGCGGUUACACCACCUGAAGAGCACACAAUCAAAGACAGACUUAGGAGAACGGUACAGGAAGGCAAAGCCAAUGUGACGUCCAGGCCUGCACAACAUGAUUCACCCGACGAACUCGCACCAGCCUCAUCAGACGAGCUGGGUAGUCCUUCUCCUUCUAAAUUUUUCGCUUUGACGAAAGGUUCUGUUUCUCUUGUGAAGCCGAAGGUCAACAGAUCAAAGCCCAGUCGCUCGCGUGCCAAAAAGCCACCCAAUACGUCUGCUCUUGCUCCUCUUGGAAAGAUUGUGGGAGUUCCGAGAGCCACAAGGGGAGCUAUCGCCAACAGAGAGUUGGCUGGAAUCCUUGGGGUUUCACCGCCUCGUAAAGCCGAAGAGAAGUCAAAGGCGGACGUUGGUGGACGACUGCGUAGUCAAGCUCGUACUCCUGCGCCCGAUCCUGCCCCAAUUGGAACUACUGCAUCUGAUCCUACGACCGCACCCGUUGUACCGAGCACAGAAACAGUCAUAGACGAUGUCGCCAGUUCAAGCAAUACAGAAGCGCCAGCUCAACUCAAGAGAAAGAGACCUCUCGGUUCCAACCCACUCAGUUCACAAGAACUAAGAUCCUUAGGCGCGACCCCCGUCUUAGGAAAGAGAACCAGAACAGGAACAACAACAGCCGAAUCUACUCCCGAACCUGGCACUCAAGGUCCAGUCAAGCCUGCGCCGAAGCGUACAAAGUUUGGUCUUAGUACCGCAGAAGUCGACCGUUUGGGUCCUGCUGUGUUGACCGGAUCUAGGACGAGAAACUCAACCGUCGAGCCCACCCCUGAGCCUACAACUAAGACUCGUCCUGCAAAGGGUAGCAAGAAGGCUAUUGCAAAGUGCGUCGGGAAGACAGCCGCAAAGCCAGCUGCAAAGCCGGCCACCAAUCCCGCGGUAUUCAGUCCAUUUGCUUUAGCGUCGAAGUCCAAGGGUGCUCCCACCGCUACCAGAAAGAGAGCACCGCCAAAGAAGAAGACAGCCGAGCCUGAGCAAGAUAACGAAACCAUUCCCGAAAAGCUUAGCGAGGCAACGACAAAGAGAAAGGUUGAGAAGGAAGGAGAAGAUAUUGAGGAGAAGCCCACGAGAGCGAGUAAGAGGAUUGUUGGAGCAGAGCCUGAGGAAGAGUGA